AUGCCUACCGCCAUGGGUCCCUGCGUCAACUGCGCCAAAGCCGCCCGCAUCAAGUGUGCCCACUGCGACGAUGGCGAUUCCUUCACCGCCUACUGCGGCACCAAGUGUCUGAAGAAACAUCAAGCCAAGCACCAAGAAGUCUGCAAGGAGAAGAAGAAAGUCCAGAGCGCAAAGGCACUCGUUCCUUCCGAGCACGCAACAAAGGCGACCGUCCCGUCCGAGGCGCACGCAAACGACGAUGACGGCGGCUGCGCAGCUUGUGGGAAGGCUCAGACUACUCUCACAUGCCUGCGCUGCACUGACGGCAUCGUCCACUACUGCAACGAGAACUGCCACGACGCCUACAUCAAGAAGCACAAGUUGGUGUGCGUCGCUCAGACGUUGCGCAAGCAGGCGGUAGGGGAGGGAGGGCAUGCAAUUCUCGACAAUCCAGCAUGGGAUGGAGUCUUCGGGAAUGUCAUCUUUGGGUGA